CUUCCUCCUAAGUGCUGAGUUUUAAAGGCAUGAGCUACCAAGACAGGGUCUUACAUAGCCAAGGAUGUUUGAGGCUGGUCUUGAGUUCCUUAUCUUCUGGCCUGAACCUCCCUCAUGCUGGGAUUACAGAAGUUUCUCAAACCUGUGUCUCAGAGAUGAGAGCUCAGGAGGAGCCCAGGAGCCCAACACAGCAUGAGUCCCUGGAUUCAGCAGAGAUUUCCACCAGGGACCGGAAGGUGUCCUUGCCCAUGGAGCCCAAGUCUGACAUGCUGUACAAGAUUGAGGAUGUGCCACCAUGGUACCUGUGCAUCCUGCUGGGCUUCCAGCAUUACCUGACGUGCUUCAGUGGGACCAUCGCUGUGCCCUUCCUCCUGGCUGAGGCGCUGUGUGUGGGCAGUGACCAGCACAUGGUCAGUCAGCUCAUCGGCACCAUCUUCACCUGUGUGGGUAUCACCACUCUCAUCCAGACUACAGUGGGCAUUCGGCUGCCGCUGUUUCAGGCCAGUGCCUUUGCGUUUCUGGUUCCAGCCAAAGCUAUCCUGGCAUUGGAGAGGUGGAAGUGUCCCCCAAAAGAGGAGAUCUAUGGUAACUGGAGUAUGCCCCUGGAUACCUCUCAUAUCUGGCAUCCUCGGAUUCGAGAAGUCCAGGGUGCAAUCAUGGUGUCCAGCAUGGUGGAGGUGGUGAUUGGGCUGAUGGGGCUGCCUGGGGCCCUGCUCAGCUACAUUGGGCCUCUCACGGUCACCCCCACUGUCUCCCUCAUUGGUCUCUCUGUUUUCCAAGCUGCUGGUGACCGAGCUGGCUCCCAUUGGGGCAUUUCAGCUUGCUCCAUUCUACUGAUCGUCCUGUUCUCCCAGUACCUACGCAACCUCACCUUCCUGCUGCCUGUUUAUCGAUGGGGCAAGGGUCUCACCCUCUUCCGCGUCCAGAUCUUUAAGAUGUUUCCGAUCGUGCUGGCCAUCAUGACGGUGUGGCUCCUCUGCUAUGUGCUGACCCUGACCGAUGUGCUGCCUUCAGAUCCCACAGCCUAUGGCUUCCAGGCACGAACUGAUGCCCGAGGGGACAUCAUGGCUAGUUCACCGUGGAUCCGCAUCCCCUACCCAUGUCAGUGGGGCCUGCCCACAGUGACUGUGGCUGCAGUUCUGGGAAUGUUUAGUGCCACACUGGCAGGCAUCAUCGAGUCCAUCGGUGACUACUACGCUUGUGCCCGGCUGGCUGGUGCACCACCCCCUCCAGUACAUGCUAUCAACAGGGGAAUUUUCACUGAAGGCAUCUGCUGCAUUAUUGCUGGGCUACUGGGCACAGGCAACGGGUCCACCUCAUCGAGCCCCAACAUUGGGGUCCUAGGGAUUACCAAGGUGGGCAGCCGUCGAGUUGUGCAGUAUGGUGCAGGCAUCAUGCUAGUCCUGGGUGUCAUUGGCAAGUUCACAGCCCUCUUCGCCUCCCUCCCAGAUCCCAUCCUGGGAGGAAUGUUUUGCACCCUUUUUGGUAUGAUCACCGCCGUGGGACUGUCUAAUCUGCAGUUCGUGGACAUGAACUCAUCGCGCAACCUCUUUGUACUGGGAUUCUCUAUGUUCUUUGGCCUCAUGCUGCCCAAUUACCUGGAUUCCAACCCAGGUGCUAUCAACACAGGCAUUCCUGAAGUGGAUCAGAUCCUAACUGUACUGCUGACCACGGAGAUGUUUGUUGGCGGGUGCCUUGCUUUCAUACUGGACAACACAGUGCCAGGGAGCCCAGAGGAAAGAGGCCUGAUACAGUGGAAAGCUGGGGCCCACACCAACAGUGAGACGUCUGCCAGUGUGAAGAGUUACGACUUCCCCUUUGGGAUGGACAUAGUAAAAAGGACUGCCUUUUUCAGAUACAUUCCUAUCUGCCCAGUCUUCAGAGGGUUUUCUAAAAAGUCACAAGCUCAGCCUCCAGUUGUAGAAGACACUCCAAACAACACAGAAACGGAGUCUGUGUGCACCAAGGUCUGAAACUACCAAAGGAGGUACUAGAUAUAAGAGGAAAAAAGAAAGCUACACAGCAGACAGAAGACCCAAGUUGGAAACCACAGCUCUAUUUCAAAUUCCUUGUAAGCUUGGACAAGUCACCCUCUCAAGACUCUAUUUCCACAUCAACUUAAAAACAUCAGAAGAGUAGGCCAAAGUCUCUGCAUACUCAACAGACUUGUACUAGCUUUAUUCUGUUCUUUACUUUUACUUUCCUAAGUGUACAUGUCAAUAUAGAGGAAAAAGAGCUGGAAAUUGUCUACACAGAGAGUUGAGAGUUGAUAAAAAAGAAACCAGGAGAUUCCAGGGGUAAACAUAGACAUGCAGGUAGGGUUUUUUUUUUUUAAACUGAAUUUAAUUCCAAUGUCAUGUAUUUUAAGAACAAAACACAAUACUAAGUAACACAUUGGAACAAUAAGUUAAAAUUGAUAUAAAUAGUCUUAAAAGACUAAGUCUAUAUUUUAACUAAAGACUAGAAUGUUCCAGGCCUGGGCUUGACCUUCAGCAUGACAUCACAUAAAUAAAAACCCUUAAGAGGAAGAAGAGUGAGCAUGAUUUAAUUGUAAAACCCAGAAGUCUUAAAUAUAUAAUCUCUGACAGCUAGAU